CCCCAUCCUUCUGCAGCAUCCCCUGAGGCAGCGGCCAUGCUGUCCGCUCUCACCUCUCUCUGCCUUUGCCCUUGCCAGUCUCUGCCUGGAAGCUUUCCCUACACCCUUGCAGCUGCUAAAGAUCUACUCCUGCCCCCAAGCCCUUGCCCUGUCCCCUGGACAGUAAUUCCUGCCUCUGUGCCCCUCCACCCCAGACCUGAGUGCUUAGGGAUCUGGUAUGGCCCACCACAUCCGUGCUGAGGCCCUCUGCCAGCCCCUGCCCCCAGGGAAGGGGCAGCAGGUGUCAAGGAAGGCAGAGGGGGCCUGUGCGUAUGUCUGACGCUCAAUCUGAGAGAGACGUGGAUGACAGACAGGUGGGGGAACCCAAACACUGGAGAAUAGAGACAGACAGAGGGGACCUCCGUGAGACACAGUGGCAAGCAGGCCAGGGUACACACAGCCCUGGGGAAAGGAGUUGGGAUGGGCAGGCUGCCCACGGGGUCUUGGUCUGUCUGUUCAUCUGUCCGUCUGAGUCUCUCUCCUGCCUAGGAUCUGGAGACGGAGCUGUCUGUCCUCGAACCCUCGGCUACCCUCCCCCUAUCCUGACUGUGCUCUCUACUCCAGCCAGAGGGUCCCCACUAUCACGCAGAUCUGACUAUGACACUCUCUGCUUAAAGUCCUGCACGGUUGGUUCCCCAGUGCCCUCAGCCAAAGCUCCGUAGCCCUCAGUUGAGGGCCCAGCCUUCUAAUCCAGAACUCCCUGGGCCCGUCAAUUGUUAUGCUCCCCUAGACCCCCCUCCAUCUGGCGAACACCUCCUCCUCAUCACCUCCUCUACAAAGCCUCCCUCUCUUUCCAUGUCUGCUGCUGCGAGGCACUGUCUUUCCCUAACAUUCGAAGAACUGAACCCGCUCUGCCCUGGAAGAGCAGGAAAUUCCCCCAGAAGAGGAGGCAGGGGCCCAUCCUUUGCUGUCCGAGAGAAGGCCCCCAUCUGAGCCCAGCGCGGUCCCAGCGCCCAGCAGAGGGUGGCCCGCCCAGCAUCUGGGGGUGAUGGUUGAGUGGUUGAAUGGAGGAACCACAGGUAGAAGAGAAGGUGUGGGGUGCAGGGCCUCGGGGCCCUGGCGGAGAGUGGUCCCACCCCAGCAGGCCGGAGGGCGGGGCACCGUGGGUGGGCCCCUCCCGGUUUCCUCCUCUGGCUGCUGAAGCCAGACUCAGUCCCGGCUGUGUGCGAGGCAGCAUGGGCAGCCAGAGGAGAGGUGCCAGGGGCCUGCGGGGCAGGGAGGGGGCAGCCCCCACCAAGUGUGUGGUGGACAAGUGCUUUGACCCUCUGGUCCGAAAGUGCGUGGACUGCAGGCUCCUCCGGACGCCAGAACCCGGACUGGCCUCGCCUCCUCCCGACCCUCCCCCUCCCCGGCCGUCCCUGCCCCCUGCCCCCUGCUCUCUCUCCCCGUCCGCUCCGCCAGCAGCCGGGCCUGGCAGCCUGGCGCCGGGGACCGCGCUGCAGCCGCAGGAGUCGGUGGGCGCGGGGGCCGCCGCCGAGACCGAGGCCGAGGCCGCGCUGCCUCUGCCCGCGCUGCUCUUCGGCGCCCCCGCGCUGCUGGGGCUGGCGCUGGCCCUGGUCCUGGUGGGCCUGCUGAGCUGGAGGUGGCGGCGGCGGCGGCGGCGCCUGCGCGCGGCGGCUCCCCCGGGGGACCCGGACCCGCACCCGCACGAGCCCCUGGACGAUGUCAUCAUCCAUCCCCCGAAACCCCUUGAUGCCACAGCUCCCGUCUGGCCUCCACCCAGAGAAGACCCAGCCAACACCCCACCUGCCCACAGCGUCCCUGUGCCAGCCACAGAGCUGGGCUCCACUGAGCUGGUGACCACCAAGACUGCUGGCCCUGAACAACAGUAGCGACGGAGGGGGCAGGAAGCGGCCCCUGUCCUCCCUGUGAGCUGUCAGCCAGGGGCCUGGAGGUUGGAUUCAGCUCUUGACUGCAGUGCCCACCUGCCCCUUUUCUGGGAACCUGGCUGGUCCCCAGCUAACCCUGCAGAACCACAGACUACAGAUCGCAGAGUUCAGAAGGCAGCGCGUUGUAUGGCAUAUUAGCGUGUGGCUUAAAACCAGACCAUCUCUGGCCGCCGUCGAAGGUGGUGGCUGAGCUCCUGUGCCUUUGUGUGGCUGGGGCACUCUGUGUAGGAGGUUUUUCUUUAAGUGCAGGGAAGCCACCGUAAGCCAGAAUGAAUCUAGGAAAAUGAUUGAGUAGGAGGAUGCUUAAUUUGUAGCUGGGUGUUGUAUUUCUUUAAUACUUGCUCUCGGAGCUGUCCUGCUUUAAAGCUGAUGCAAAUGGCAGCGAUGAGUAACCAACUGAGGGGUUUGCUUCAGGGUUUAAUAGAAGGCGAUUUUGACAAAGAGCCUGGAUUGCGCUGAUUCUCGGGUAUCUGUACCCCAGGGUCAACCCUGCGCUUGGCCCAGUCUUCUAGGACCUAAGAUGCCCUUUUCACCCUCGUAGCAGCUUCCAGAGCCCCCAGCUUGCACCGUGAGAGGAGGCAUACAGCCCCUCUGGGGCUAGACUGCAAACUCAUGAUGAAGGCACACUGCCGAAAAUCUCCCCAGAGACCCCACCUGGGGUCCCAGCUGCCUUCAAGGCACACUCAGCUGUACCUAGGGAAAGGCCCAGAACCUGCAAGAGGUUCCUUUGUUCAGAAGCCAGAGCGGGGCUGUGGCCUUGAACCAGCGGGACCUGAUGUCCCUUGAGCUCCCCUCUGUCUGUGGUCCACCCUCCUCAAGCUAGGCCCCAAGUGCUGGGGUCACUUGGCCAUUCUAUGCCAGCCCCUGGGAUCACCCAUUGUCCUAGGGGAACUGCUCCUCCCACAGCAGUGCCCCCUGCUCUGUGGCCCGAGGCUGAGACCAUCUCCUCUAGUUGUGGACGAUGCUACACUUGGUCAGGUGCUGCCUCUCCUACCGGCCCUCCAACACAGGGUUAGAAACUCCUGACCGGAUUGGACAGUCCUUGGGACUUGUCACCGCUUAGCGCCCUCACAAGAAGCGUGGACUAGGAGUCAGAAGACGGAGUUUUGGGUACCAUUUUGUCUCACUGGAGAGCCUUGGCCAUGCUCUGUUGCACGCAUCAGAUGCUUUCCGCCCACCUCUCCCUGACCUUCCUGGCAGACCUUCACCCUUCCUGCCCACCCCCCUUCUCAGCCCAGAAGAUGGUCUGGAGCCUCCAGGACCCUGACCUUCACACUGAAGUCUUCCUAGCCACUCCCUCCCUGAAUGCAUCCCAAGUGCCCCUACCCGCAGGCUGCCAGGUGGCUGGGGUAAGGUCAGGUGGCUGGCGGGAGGCAGGAGGGUGGGAAGCAGGCCCAGACAUCCAGUCCCCUUCAACUCGGGACCGGGGAGUCUGAGCUGUUCCUCCUGGCCACUCCUACCUCCCACUCACCUUUUCCACCGCAGUGGGGGACCGGGCCCUGGAGGUAAAACAAGUACGUAAAACCCCUCUGGGGUCCAGACAUGCAAACCUCUGGCACCGCUGUGUCCCAGUCAAACCCCAGCUUCCCCUCUGGUCUCGGUUUCCGUUUCUGAAAAAUGGGGGGUUGGAUGCAAAGUGCUCCUCUGGGCUUAUGGCCCUUAGAGGAGAAGAACUGGAAAGAACCUUAAAGAAUCCUUACCCCCACCUCCCUCCAUUUUAUAGAUGAAGAAAUUGAGGCCCAGAAGAAGCAAGUUUCCUGGGAGAAGAACCGGGAGCAGAGGCGGGGGGAGAGGUGGGCAAAUAGGGGGCCAGUCUCCCCCAGGCCCCAGUCAGGGACCCCACCGCCCAGGGGUUUCCAGUCCCUGGCUCUCUGUCCGGGCAGUGCUUUCGAAGGAGUCUUCAUGAAGUUACUGCAUUUGACCUUAAUGACAGCACCUGGAGGAGGGCAUGGGUAUUUGUUUGCUUUAAAAAAGGGUUUUGUGUUUUGUUUUUUUCAUUAGAAAAAAAAGGGACGCCUGGGUGGCUCAGUCGGUUAAGUGUCUGACUCUUGGUUUCUGCUCAGGUCACAAUCUCACAGUUCAUGGGUUCAAGCCCCACAUCGGGCUCCAUGCUGUCAGCAUGCUUGGGAAUUCUCACUCUCCCUCUCUCUCUGGCCCUCCCCCAGUCACUCUCUCUGUCUCUCUCUCAAAAUAAAUAAAUAAACCUAAAAACAAAAUCGA